AUGGAAACCGAGUCAACACCUCUCGUCAAUAAUUCAGAUUCGAAGUGUUUUGUUAUUUUUCUGACAUGCAUGGCAGCAUUGGGAGGACUGCUAUUUGGGUACGACACUGGAAUUGUUUCUGGAUCCAUGCUGUUGAUCAAGGAUGAUUUCAAGCUAUCGUCUGUUUGGCAGGAAGCUAUUGUCAGUGCCACCAUUGGAGCCGCCGCCAUCUUUGCUCUUAUUUCAGGAACUCUGGUAGAUUUACUUGGAAGAAAAGUCGUCAUUAUGCUUGCAAGCCUCGUUUUCACUGUUGGUGCGGUUGUUAUGGCAAUUUCACCCACUGAUAUGAAAGAGGUUUUGCUCAUCGGUAGAUUGAUAGUUGGAGCAGGAAUAGGGUUUGCCUCUAUGUCUGUGCCUGUGUUUAUUGCUGAAUCCGCUCCAACAAACAUCCGGGGAUCUCUAGUUACUAUGAACCAACUCUUCAUCACUAUAGGAAUUCUUCUUUCCAGUAUUGUGGCUGGGGCUUUCAGCACUGAUAAAGAAAACGGAUGGCGGUACAUGCUUGGACUAGCCGGUGUCCCUAGUGUCAUUCAGUUUUUUGGAUUCUUCUUCCUUCCCGAGAGUCCUCGGUGGCUGCUCGCCAAAGGACGUGAACAAAAAGCAAGAUCUGCCCUGGAAAGAAUAAGGGGAUCAAGGGACAUAACCCAGGAAUUGAAUCAUAUACAACAAUCUGUAAAUGAAAUGAAAGAGGAAAACAAGUAUAAUUUCUUCCAAGCAUUCCUUCUGAUGAUGAAGACACAGCCAGUCAGACGUGCUCUUUUACUGGGAUGUCUUCUACAACUGUUUGGUCAACUCAGUGGAAUCAAUACUGUCAUUUAUUACAGUGGAACUAUUUUGCGUAUGUCCGGGUUUCCCUCAGAUCUAGCUAUCUGGCUGGUUUGUAUUCCUUUUGCUGUCAACUUUCUGUUCACCUUUAUUGGGAUCUACGCAGUGGAGAGGGCUGGUCGACGUAUCCUCACGCUAUCCAGCUUUAUUGGAAUCAUCGUGGCAUUGGUUGUUCUGGGACUUGGGUUUUGGUUUUCUGAUAAACAUUCUCCAACUAUUGCUCAUCAUCUUGAUAAUUCCUCCAUCUGUCACACCAAAUAUCAAUCGUGUAGUGCUUGCAUAAAGAAUGACAAUUGCGGCUUUUGUUGGGAGAAGCAUCAUCCAGACACGUCUGGAUACUGCCUCCACGUGAACAAGGACUAUCCCGAGCGGUAUGCCGAUCCCGUUGUGAAUUCCUCUACCCACUACAAUGAAUCAAUGUGUAACCAGACUAACUACCACACCAAACACUACGGCUGGGCCAAUGACUUCUGUCCAACGGAUUACUCAUGGAUGGCCGUCCUGGGACUUGCGCUCUUUGUCAUGUCGUUCGCGCCAGGUCUAGGUCCAAAUCCCUGGACCAUAAAUUCAGAGAUUUACCCGUUAUGGGCGAGAGGUACAGGAAUUUCCAUAGCAACAUUUGUGAACUGGGUGGCUAAUCUGGGAGUCUCGUUUUCAUUUCUGACACUUCUUGAAGCCAUCACUCCUUACGGUACAUUUUUCCUGUAUGCCGGAAUUUCGUUUGUCGGAAUGAUCACACUUUUUAUCCUGCUGCCGGAGACUAAAAACAGGUCUUUGGAGGAGAUAGAGAAUUUGUUUAUGACUGAAGAGUACCGACUCAGAAGGGAUCCACAGAGACAAUGUACGGUCCAGAGUACAGUGUUUUAUAGGGAUGUUGAACAUGCGGAGUAA